UACCACCAUUUUAGUCAAAAUCGCAAACCCUCUCUCUCUCUCUCACACACACACACACAUGUUCAAACUCUAACCAAUCCCUUCACUCUCAGAACCAUAAUUCCCAAUGUCCCUUCUUUUCUAUCUCCUCCUUCCCAUCCUCAUCCUAACUUUCCCAACCCCUUCCCUCACCCAAAACGCCACCGUUUCAUGUCCCCUCAACAUCACCGUCCUCACCGUCGUGGGCGGCGGUUCCAAACCCUCCUUCGACUCCGGAACACAGUGCCAUUACAUCCUCCAAGCACUCCAUCUCCUCCAGGCCGAUUACCUCCGCCGCACCGGCCUCUUCGUCCCUCCUCUCAACUCCUCCGAAUCAUGCUGGAACACUUUCCAAUCCUUCAUCGACCAAUACGUACCAAACUUCGAUAUUCGCUCCUCCUGUGGCCUUCAAACCUCUUGGAUCUCUCAGGGUUGCAUGAACAUCACGACCCUACAACAAUUCGAAGCUUUUGUUCCCACCGCAGCACUUCAAGGCGUUCAAGGAAACUGUAACCAAUCGCUUCAGAACAACGCGCCCUGCGCUCUCUGCACCACCAAGUUGUCAAGUUUAUUAUCCUACUUGACAGGAACAAGCGUUGGGAACGUUUCUGAUUGCAGAGCUUAUACCGCUAUUUACGCCGCUUCUCUCUCCGGUCAAUAUGGACCCACUGACCCUGGAACCGCUCAGUGCUUGUUCGGGCUUGAUUUUUCGUCUUCGGGUUCUAAUCAUAAGGUCGUUACUGUUGUUGUUUCGGUUAUUUGUGUUUUCGGUUUAUUAGUAUUUGUUGGGGUUUGGGCUUAUUGGAGAUUGAAGCAUAACAAGAUUAUGAGGGAGAAUGGUAUUAUUGGUAAUAGUAGGACUGAGAUGGCUUUGGCUUCUGGGUUGGAUUCGAUUAACCAGAGCACUACUUUGAUUAGGUUCACGUUUGAUGAUAUUAGGAAGGCAACUAGGAACUUUUCAAGGGAUAAUAUAAUUGGGAGUGGGGGUUAUGGGAAUGUUUAUAAAGGGGUUUUGAUGGAUGGUAGUCGAGUUGCAAUGAAAAGGUUCAAGAAUUGUUCUGUUGCUGGGGAUGCAAAUUUCACUCAUGAAGUGGAGGUUAUUGCAAGUGUUAGGCAUGUGAAUCUUGUUGCCCUGAGAGGUUAUUGUACCGCAACUACUAAUUUGGAAGGUCACCAGAGGAUUAUUGUUACUGACUUGAUGGAAAAUGGGAGUCUUUAUGAUCAUUUAUUUGGUUCUUCAAAGAAGAAACUCAGUUGGCCAAUUCGACAACAGAUUGCUCUAGGCACGGCUAGGGGUUUGGCUUAUUUGCAUUAUGGGGCUCAACCUUCCAUCAUUCAUAGGGAUAUUAAAGCUAGUAACAUACUUCUUGAUGAGAAGUUUGAAGCCAAGGUAGCUGAUUUUGGGCUAGCAAAGUUUAACCCUGAGGGAAUGACACAUAUGAGCACUAGAGUAGCUGGCACUAUGGGGUAUGUUGCACCUGAGUAUGCUUUGUAUGGGCAAUUGACAGAGAGAAGUGAUGUCUUUAGUUUUGGUGUUUUGCUUCUUGAGCUCUUGAGUGGGAAAAAAGCUCUUGAAACGGACCAUGAUGGCCAACCCUCUGCUCUCACUGACAUGGCUUGGUCAUUAGUUAGAAACACUAGAGCUUUGGAUGUUAUUGAAGAUGAUAUGCCAGAACCUGGUCCCCAACAAGUUCUUGAGAAGUAUGUGUUGGUUGCUGUACUAUGUUCACAUCCACAGUUACAUGCUAGGCCAACAAUGGACCAGGUUGUAAAAAUGCUGGAGACAGAUGAAUCAGUACCCUCAAUACUUGAACGGCCAAUUCCUUUUAUUGCAGGGAGGAUUGAUAUUGAGAAAUCUGCCAGUAACUCGGGUCAGCUUUGCAGUCCAACCGGUUAUCAAGCAUAUACAUUAGGAAGUCACCGUACUUCUCAUUCUAAGGAAGAAGAAGGAAGCUCGGGAUCCGGGACUAUGAGCACAGAUUGAGAUUGAGAUUGGAGGAAUUGAAUUUUCUUCCAGUAGCUAGUGUCAGCAUGAUUUGUUUGUACAUUUAGAUUUUAGAAUGUAUGUUUCCUGAUGCAUUUUCUGUUGUAAAGUCAUAAAGGGUGCACAAAAUUUGAUUAUUUGAGUCUAUUGAAGGAGAGUAGAGUUUGAAGAAGUUUUGCUGAAACAACAGUCUCUUUGUUAAAAUAUGUAAAAAUGUUAAGUAUAAGACUGCAUACACAACGCUCUCUUUGUUAAAAUGUAAAAAUAUAAGACA